GACAUCUCCCAACUUUCUUUCUUUGCUUCAACCCUCCUUGGCUCAAGCUCCCACACGUGUGCUCAGCCAUGCCGAACAACACUCGAGUAACCCAGCUGGAGCACAGCAGCGAGCCGGUCACCGAGUCCGUGGCCGACCUGCUAUCUCUGGAGCACCCCAUGGACUACAAGAGCAGUCAGAUGAGCAUGGGGCUCAGUCCGGGCUCCACUGCCCCAGUAAGAGCCCUUCUGCCCUCCCCGGACCCUGACGCUGAGGACGGGAGGCCGGCCUGGAACAAUAAGAUGGAGUACAUCCUGGCGCAGGUGGGCUUCUCAGUUGGGCUUGGGAACGUCUGGAGGUUUCCAUACCUGUGUCAAAAGAACGGUGGAGGUGCCUACCUGAUUCCGUACUUCAUCCUCCUCAUCCUCAUCGGCAUCCCGCUGUUCUUCCUGGAACUGGCGGUGGGUCAGAGGAUCCGACGUGGCAGCAUUGGCGUGUGGAACUACGUCUACCCCCUGUUGGGAGGCAUCGGGGUUUCGAGCCUGAUGGUUUGCGGCUUUGUGGGCCUCUACUACAACGUGAUCAUCGGAUGGAGCAUCUUCUACUUCGUCCAGUCCUUCCAGUACCCACUCCCUUGGGCUGAAUGCCCGGUCCACAUCAAUGGAACCCAAGCCAUCGUGGAGCCAGAGUGUGAAAAGAGCUCGGCCACCACUUACUUUUGGUACCGUCAGACGCUCAACAUCACCAGCAGUAUCGACGAUACGGGCGGCCUGAACUGGAAGAUGACUCUUUCCCUUCUUGUGGCUUGGAUCUUGGUGUGCUUGGCUGUCAUUAAAGGCAUCCAGUCGUCUGGGAAGGUGAUGUACUUCAGCUCUCUCUUCCCUUAUGUGGUGCUCUUCUGCUUCCUGGUGAGAGGUUUGUUGCUGAAGGGCGCAGUGGAUGGAAUCGCACACAUGUUCACACCAAAGCUGGAGAAGAUGCUGGAACCGCAGGUGUGGCGAGAGGCGGCCACGCAGGUGUUCUUCGCGCUGGGCCUCGGCUUUGGCGGCGUCAUCGCCUUCUCAAGCUACAACAAGCGAGACAACAACUGCCACUUUGACGCUGCGCUUGUUUCCGUCAUCAACUUUGUCACAUCCAUCCUGGCCACGCUGGUGGUGUUUGCUGUCCUGGGCUUCAAGGCGAACAUCAUGAAUGAGAAAUGUGUCGUAGAGAAUGCAGAGAAGAUCUUGGUGUACCUCAACACCAGUGUGUUGAGCAAAGAGCUCAUCCCUCCUCACAUCAACUUCUCACACCUGACCACGCAAGACUAUGCGGAAAUGUAUGGAGUCAUUAAGACGGUCAAGGACGAAAACUUUGCCCAGCUGGGCCUCGACUCGUGUGUGCUGGAGGACGAGCUCAACAAGGCGGUGCAAGGAACCGGUCUGGCCUUCAUCGCCUUCACAGAAGCGAUGACACACUUCCCGGCCAGUCCCUUCUGGUCGGUCAUGUUCUUCUUCAUGCUCAUUAAUUUGGGUCUGGGAAGCAUGAUCGGGACCAUGACGGGCAUCACCACGCCCAUCCUUGAUGCCUUCAAGAUACGCAAAGAGAUUCUGUGCGUGGUUUGCUGUAUCAUUGCCUUCCUGUUGGGUCUGCUGUUUGUGCAGCGCUCAGGGAACUACUUUGUCACCAUGUUUGACGACUACUCGGCGGGCUUGCCGCUCACGGUUGUGGUGAUCCUGGAGAACAUCUCUGUGGCCUGGAUAUAUGGAACCAAAAGGUUCAUGCAGGACCUGGAGGACAUGCUGGGCUUCCGGCCAUACUCUUUCUAUUACUACAUGUGGAGGUACGUGUCACCGGCCAUUCUAGUGCUGCUCAUCACGGCUACCGUCAUCGAGAUGGUCGUCAGCCCUGCGGGCUACAAUGCCUGGGUGGAGUCAGAGGGCUCUGAGCGUUUCCACAACUACCCUCCCUGGGCUUCAGCCAUGGCCUACUCCCUCAUCGUGGUGGCCAUGUUGCCCUUGCCCGUGGUCUUCGUAGCCCGUUGUUUCAACCUGCUGUCUGAUGGUUCCAACAAGCUGUCUGUGUCCUACCGCAAAGGCAUGAUGAAUGACAUGUCCAACCUGGAGGAGCAGGACGAGCAGCGCUUCAUUCUCAGCAAGACCCCUCGCCAGGCGCCCUCCCCUGUGCCAUCCCAACGCCCCUACUUGGGGCCCGGCGGAACGCAAGAGAUGACCAACACCAACUACGGAACCGGCACCAAGACGGGCUACCAGAACAUCGGCUCACCCGAAUCUGAGCUAUAAUCUGUCAUGCUCAUUUUGUUUUUGGUUUUCAUCACACCUUUACUCAUCGGGUGCAUCAGGUCCAGGUAUGUCCAGUGCUCAUUAGCUCUGAACCCACUUUGUCAUGGCCAAUCCCCCAAAUGAUCAUCAGACUUUGACCACGCCCUCAUUAGAUGGCUUAGGCCAAAAAUGCUCACAAUUUCGUGCCACUAAUAUUUGCUUCCAUCAGGGCUUUUGAGAAGAGAGAAGUUUGUUAAAGUAAGCCUUGGAAUUAGCUCAGAAAGGUGGCUUCAAACCAAAAUGGCCACCUUCCUGUUCAUUUCUAGGUAUGGGUCCUUGAGACUUUUUGCUGCAUCCUGUCAUGAUUGACAGGUUCACCCAAUUUUGUGUUUUGGAGGGUGGGGGCAAGUUUUUUCCUGCUGAGCAAGUUUUGGGGGAUUGUGUGGAGGACCCUGAAAUGGGCUAAUAUGGAAAAGAGCACAAUCAAUCUGUGAUCUUUCACUGAGCCACACUGCCAGAAACACAGACUGACCAAUCACAGCAUAGCACAAAAUAGACAUCCGACACGUGAACUUUGAGUGAUUUAGUGUACUAUUUAUUUUUUCAAAUUUUGCUCUCUUGUAUCAAAAUGAAAGUAAGCUUUGGAUCAUUUGAAUCCCAACUCAAUUUUUUAGAACCACUUUAAAGACAACCACAGCUACAACAAUGAGUUGUACAUAAAUAAAAAAAUGAAGCAUAAAACGUAAGACAAUUGAACACCACUUAAUUUAAAAACAUAAAAAGGCAGGUCAUUCCAGACUUUCCAGCACCAACCGGUAGGCAAGGAUCAGAUGAGGUGAGAUCAUUCUGAGAUUUGAAAACAAAUAUCAGAAUCAGUUUUUUUUUCUUUCAAAACAACCCAAAGUCCCUAUCAGUCCAAUUUGUAACCUAUCAAUUUUAAGGGUAUAAAUUAUGGGAUGAAAAUAGAUUGAAGGCAGGUACUCGCAACACACAAAUAUUUGUACAAAAAACAUUCCAAAUUCAAUUGUCCAUAACAUAUCCCUUUCUAAAACAGUCUCACUUUUCUCGCGCCUUUUUUCCCUCCCUACCUGUUUAAUGAAGCGCGGGGGAUUGUGUUUGAUUGCCUCGGUGGGGGAAGUAGAGGUGUGACUCUUGUCUUUUGUGUGAGAGAGACCCUGGUGAACCCUCGGUGUGUAAAAAUAGAAAUGGUGUCGCCCAGGGUGCCGCUUUGGCAACGCGCCUUAGACACCAUGAACAUCAGGAGUGUGCUGCUGUCGCCUGUGCACCUCUUUGCUCAUGAGAUGCUUUACUGUUUAGCUCUAGCAUUGAACCAGAACCUUCGACACAACCUUCAGUAGUCUUGUAGAACGUGUAGAACAUUGUUAAUAGACACUUUCAGAACCUUGUAGAGGACAACCAGCACUUCCUUGAUAACCUUAAACCUUCUGUAGAACAUCCAGACUUUUAGCACCUUUAAAACCUUCUUCAAGUCACAUUCACAAUUUUCAUGAUCAUCACUAGAAUCUAAACCUGUAGAACCUCUAGAACCUUAAUGUCCAUGUUCGCAGUCCUGUAGCCCGCUACAAGAAGCGACUUGAUCACCACUUGAACCUGCGAUUCAAUAGGAUUCCCAGGCAUUUUUGGGGGGAAGCCUAUGAAUUUGCGUGAGGCUGAGGGUGAUGAUGCUCUGUGCAAGAUCUUGCUAGGAACCUUGUAAAGGACUUCAGUGCAGUUGUCCAGACCAGACAGGAGGGGUUAAGGGUUGACAGAUUCAGUAAAUUAAGGCAGCGCAAAUCAAUUGUGCUUCAAUGUCAAUCGGAUUUCUUUCAGAUAGGUAAACCUUAGAUUACGCUUGGCUCUCCAAGACAACAGAAGUUAUGAUCAAAUUAUGGAAAGAUUAAAUAGCUGGACGUGCUCAUGCAAAAGUUCAUCGGUAAAAUUUAAAGUGCAUUGUACGACCAUUUUUAAAUUUUAUCCAAAAACCUUAUAUCUUACGUUUUGGAGUUUUGAACAUUGAUGCAUGUUCUGCUUGCUUUUAGAAUACACAGUUGCAACCAGUAGAUGUCUCUGCUGGUUAGCAAAGCUGCCUUCCUGUGACCCUUUCUCAGUGUUCAAAGUUGGAGAGCGAUCAGGUGUUUCGCUGCGUUUAUGCUCUCGUACUUUACUGAUGAUGAUCAUGCUGAUAUUCAUUAUUGGUUUCCGUCUACGUCUCCAACAAUGUCAACGUCUCCACGCACUUGUCUGUUUUAUUCAACUUAUAUCUCAUAAUGAUUCUAUAGUUAGUUGCCUCGUGAUAACAGCCACCUUGCACAACAGAAAUGGAAAUUGCAUAAAUGUUGCUCUGUUCAGGAAAGUAAUAGCACACAGGUCAAAUGUUUCAAUUUUGGCCUUGCUGCCAAGUCAAAUGCCCCAAAAAUGUUUUUUACAAUUAAAUUGUAUCGCACAUGAAAUUGCACAUCAAAUUUUACAUAAGUCAAUGUUUGAACACAAAUAGAUUGUACUGUUUACAAAUGUAUUGCACUUAAAAGUGAAAUAAGACUGAACUGAAAUGAGGCUAUGAUUUUGCAAAGCACCACCAAGCAAACUUUGAAAAUCAUCAGUGCAAGGAUUUAUGACGUCUUCUUUAUGGCUCGAGCCCAGGUACAUUUCAGCAAAAGCACAUUUGCGUGAGCACAAAGCAGCAGCUGCGUCUUGCUGCCAGAGCGAUGAGCUGCAGCAGCCGGUGAGCUAAAAAUAUGACCGACUAAUCGGCCGACCAGCCAGCCCGUCAGCCAGUCAGAAUGAAUUACUAUAAGAAACGUAUAGAUCAUGUCGUCUUGGCCGGAGGGACAAGGCUGAAAGCACUAAAAUACAAUCACUGGUUUGCUCGGCCCAAUAAUUUGCCUAUUAUUUGCUCUUUCCAAUAUAAUUGCGUUGGAAAAUACAAAAAUAAAAAAAGUUGCUCUGAUCAAAAGUACAAUGAAUUGAACUUGAUCAGACUAUUUUGACAUUUUGUAUCGACGACCAAUGUGUUUGAAGCGUUAUUGGAGUUGACUUCAUGUGUUCCAUCUGAAAGUGAAGAUAUGCUUUUCACCGUCCUUUUUCACUCGCAUUGUUUUCAAUUGAGUCAUUUCUUCGUGUCAGAUUAAAAAAGUAAAUACCGUAAUUCGCACCGGAGUAUAAAUCGCACCAGCCAUAAAAUGCCCAAAAAAGUGAAAAAAACAACAACAUGUAUAUAAGUCGCUCCUGAGUAUAAGUCGCCCCCCCACCCAAACUAUGAAAAAAACCGUGAUUUAUAGUCCGAAAAUGACGGUAAUCAUAUUUUGACUUUUGUAUUGCUGGGAAAAAAAAAUACAAUGGAUAUAUGAAAACCUUGUUAUUGACCUGUUUGCUCUUCAAAUGCAUAACUUCUUUUAUCCACCAUGUAUGACUAUUUUACCAUGAUUCUGCACAAUUUCCACUUCUGGCCAUUUAUAGCGUGGCACAAAGUGCCAACCCUUGAAUGACUGAUUGGUUGAGUAUGGACCUGUCUCAAUACUUUUGUCGAUGCUUAUUUGUACAGUUCCAACUCUUGGGUCUGUUGGUUUUGUCUGUUGUGUUAAUCGUGAUUAAUAUAUAGAUAUAUCACGUUUUGAGCCAUAGCCUAUGUAUAGCUUGAAUUAAGCUUUCGCUAAGCCACACUCCCGAAAGGCAAAUUGGCCAAUCCUGGCCCAGCACGUUUAUUUUUUUCUAAAAUUCAUCGAGUCUUUAGCUAAAGCUUACAUUGACAAUGUAAUCCCUCAAAAAUCAACAAGCACAACAUUUUUCUGCCCUAAAGUGAACAAUGAACUUAUUUUAAAAUAACCCAUUGCUCUUUGUCAGCUUUUUAACAAUGCUAAUGUUAGGCAUCUAAAGUGAGGCCUCAUGGCGUCUAUCUGUGGCGCUACGCUAACAAAGCUAGCUACAGGCUCGUGGUUGCAAUGUUGUCUAUAGGCCUUAUCUGUAAAGCUUGUCGGACAACUGUAAGUCAGUACAGGGAACCCCUUGACAUUCACCAACUAACCUCUUCACAUAUAGUUUUGUUUUUCCUGAAAUUCCAUCAAAAUGCUUCUACUGAAGGAGUAGCUAGCAGUGGUCAUCGGCUGACCGCAAACAAGGACGUAAUGAAAGGUUCUAGUGAAGAUCCUAAAAGGUCUCGCUUGAAAGUCGUAAUUGGUAGAUCCAACAUCCUUGCACUUUCAUUGCCUUUAUGUCAACAAAAUCAAUUCAUCUAGAAGCCAUUUAUUUUUAAGAGUAAUGUUGAAAAAAGUUCAUUUGUUUUUUAAUUAUUAUUAUUAUUUUUGUUAUUGACGCCAGGCUUCUAUCCCUAGUCCCGACGAAAGGGGGGGGUUCUCUGUAAGUGUGGCGGGGGUCUUAGCGAAAGCGAAAAUGAAUCGACUGGACGGUUCAGUGUUGAUGUGAACAAUGCAUAGUUCUUCUAUUUGUUGUAUUUAAACUGUAAAUCUUGGUGUACAUUUCGAUCAAUUUGCAAUGUGUAUCAGUCUAUACUUGAGCUGUAAAUAAUAUAUAUAUAUAUAUAUAUGUAUAUUUUCAACUAUUUUUUGAUGUACAAUAAGUCAUUUUCUGUCGCUUCGUUGCCUGUCAGUGAGUGUGUGUGCGCGCAUUUGUGAGUGUGUGUGCGUGUGUACGUGCGCAUGCACGAAGUACAAUGUGUCAAAUCUGUGUAAGUUUUUGUGGUGUUGAAGUGGUAGUGUGUUCAUGGGAUGUACACUUGUGGUGUGUAAGCGAUCAAUGGGUUUGCGUCACACUAGAAAUAAUAAGAAACUAUAAGUGAACUGUCAGAAGGUUUAGAUUUUCUCUCUUUUUGGGGGGGACCAAACUGUACAAGU